UACGGCCCGCGCCGCUUCCUCGCAGCUGCCGCUCCCGGCUCCGCGGCCGCAGCCCGCGUGGACGCUCCGAGCGCCCCCCGACGGACGGGACCGGCUCCCUGGCGGUCGGGCGAGCGGGCGGCAAAGCUGCCCGGCCGGCAGCGCUGGGGUUAAGUGGCCCAAGUAAACCUAGCUCGGCGAUCGGCGCCGGAGAUUCGCGAGCCCGGCGCCCUGUACGGCCGCCCGCCGGCCUCCCGCCAGCCAGCCCCGACCCGCGGCUUCGCCGCCCAGCCGCGCCCGAGCCAGCCCUGCGGCAGGAAAGCAUGAAGGGAGACACCAGGCAUCUCAAUGGAGAGGAGGACGCCGGCGGGAGGGAAGACUCGAUCCUCGUCAACGGGGCCUGCAGCGACCAGUCCUCCGACUCGCCCCCGAUCCUGGAGGCUAUCCGCACCCCGGAGAUCAGAGGCCGAAGAUCAAGCUCGCGACUCUCCAAGAGGGAGGUGUCCAGUCUGCUAAGCUACACGCAGGACUUGACAGGCGAUGGCGACGGGGAAGAUGGGGAUGGCUCUGACACCCCAGUGAUGCCAAAGCUCUUCCGGGAAACCAGGACUCGGUCAGAAAGCCUAGCUGUCCGAACUCGAAAUAACAACAGUGUCUCCAGCCGGGAGAGGCACAGGCCUUCCCCACGUUCCACCCGAGGCCGGCAGGGCCGCAACCAUGUGGACGAGUCCCCUGUGGAGUUCCCGGCUACCAGGUCCCUGAGACGGCGGGCAACAGCAUCGACAGGAACGCCAUGGCCGUCCCCUCCCGGCUCUUACCUUACCAUCGACCUCACAGACGACACCGAGGACACACAUGGGACGCCCCAGAGCAGCAGUACCCCCUACGCCCGCCUAGCCCAGGACAGCCAGCAGGGGGGCCUGGAGUCCCCGCAGGUGGAGGCAGGCAGUGGAGAUGGAGACAGUUCAGAGUAUCAGGAUGGGAAGGAGUUUGGAAUAGGGGACCUCGUGUGGGGAAAGAUCAAGGGCUUCUCCUGGUGGCCCGCCAUGGUGGUGUCUUGGAAGGCCACCUCCAAGCGACAGGCUAUGUCUGGCAUGCGGUGGGUCCAGUGGUUUGGCGAUGGCAAGUUCUCCGAGGUCUCUGCAGACAAACUGGUGGCACUGGGGCUGUUCAGCCAGCACUUUAAUUUGGCCACCUUCAAUAAGCUCGUCUCCUAUCGAAAAGCCAUGUACCAUGCUCUGGAGAAAGCUAGGGUGCGAGCUGGCAAGACCUUCCCCAGCAGCCCUGGAGACUCAUUGGAGGACCAGCUGAAGCCCAUGUUGGAGUGGGCCCACGGGGGCUUCAAGCCCACUGGGAUCGAGGGCCUCAAACCCAACAACACGCAACCAGAGAACAAGACUCGAAGACGCACAGCUGACGACUCAGCCACCUCUGACUACUGCCCCGCACCCAAGCGCCUCAAAACAAAUUGCUAUAACAACGGCAAAGACCGAGGGGAUGAAGAUCAGAGCCGAGAACAAAUGGCUUCAGAUGUUGCCAACAACAAGAGCAGCCUGGAAGAUGGCUGUUUGUCUUGUGGCAGAAAAAACCCGGUGUCCUUCCACCCUCUCUUUGAGGGGGGGCUCUGUCAGACAUGCCGGGAUCGCUUCCUUGAGCUGUUUUACAUGUAUGACGACGAUGGCUAUCAGUCUUACUGCACUGUGUGCUGCGAGGGCCGAGAGCUGCUGCUCUGCAGCAACACAAGCUGCUGCCGGUGCUUCUGUGUGGAGUGCCUGGAGGUGCUGGUGGGCACAGGCACAGCGGCCGAGGCCAAGCUUCAGGAGCCCUGGAGCUGCUACAUGUGUCUCCCGCAGCGCUGUCAUGGCGUCCUGCGGCGCCGGAAGGACUGGAACGUGCGCCUGCAGGCCUUCUUCACCAGUGACACAGGGCUUGAAUACGAAGCCCCCAAGCUGUACCCUGCCAUUCCCGCAGCCCGAAGGAGGCCCAUUCGAGUCCUGUCAUUGUUUGAUGGCAUCGCGACAGGCUACCUAGUCCUCAAAGAGUUGGGCAUAAAGGUAGGAAAGUACGUCGCCUCUGAAGUGUGUGAGGAGUCCAUUGCUGUUGGAACCGUGAAGCACGAGGGGAAUAUCAAAUACGUGAACGACGUGAGGAACAUCACAAAGAAAAAUAUUGAAGAAUGGGGCCCAUUUGACUUGGUGAUUGGCGGAAGCCCAUGCAACGAUCUCUCAAAUGUGAAUCCAGCCAGGAAAGGCCUGUAUGAGGGUACAGGCCGGCUCUUCUUCGAAUUUUACCACCUGCUGAAUUACUCACGCCCCAAGGAGGGUGAUGACCGGCCGUUCUUCUGGAUGUUUGAGAAUGUUGUAGCGAUGAAGGUUGGCGACAAGAGGGACAUCUCGCGGUUCCUGGAGUGUAAUCCAGUGAUGAUUGAUGCCAUCAAAGUUUCUGCUGCUCACAGGGCCCGAUACUUUUGGGGCAACCUACCUGGGAUGAACAGGCCCGUGAUAGCAUCAAAGAAUGAUAAACUCGAGCUGCAGGACUGCUUGGAAUACAAUAGGAUAGCCAAGGUACUUUUGAGCCUUGACUCUACCCAGGUCCCUUCAUUCUAUGCUCACUCCAUGAUGUCGUUUUGUUCUCCAGUUAAAGAAAGUACAGACAAUAACCACCAAGUCGAACUCGAUCAAACAGGGGAAAAACCAACUUUUCCCUGUUGUCAUGAAUGGCAAAGAAGAUGUUUUGUGGUGCACUGAGCUCGAAAGGUGAGCAAGGCUGCACUUGGAGAGGGAAACUGUGCAGAUCAAAACACAAACGGGCAGACAUGGGCAGGUGCUUACCUUCAUUCUUGAUGGCCUCACUGCCCUUCGAUGUUACUAGGGCGAGGAGUAAUAAUACCUUUUCAUAGCUCGCCCUUAUUUCCUGACAAAAAUGGCGGAGGGGGUGUGGUGGUGGUGAGGAAUCUGAGACAUGAGGUCAUUAGACCACACCAUCUGUCUGUUGGCUGCACUGCUGUGACAUCUGCCUGUCCCAACAUGCUGGGACACUACGAUGUGUGAGAAGCCAGUGAAAGAAAACCCCACAAACAUGCCAUUCUUGAAGACUUCAGUUUGUUCAUUCUAUAAAUGAUUCCUUCAUGGCCACAGUUUAUCGUCUCCUUCCCUUUCUUCAGGCUAAGUUUGUCUGUUUUGAUGCAAAUAACCAUCUCUUGGAUUUCAGUUCUGUUCUGUUCUGUUUUCUUUCACUCCUAUUUGUUCAUUUUGCUUAUACUAUUUUUUAAAAAUCAUUAUUUGCUAUAGUGAUGUAAGGCUUUGAACAUUCCUCUUUACAUGUAUUCUGUAUUCUGAAGGCUUUGAUAUAGAGUAUUUUCAUUCCAGAUAUUUCACUUCUACAACUCAUUUAAUUUCUUCUUUGACUUACCAACAGUUUUCUGAGUAUAAAAGUAACUUCUGAUUAGUAUUUAUGCUGUAGAUUAUUCUGUAUGGACCUAAACCUAAAAUGGUUGGUGCAGAUGGCUGACAUUGUGUAGACGCUAAGGCCAAGCAAGACACAGGCCUGAGGUAUCCCAUCUUUGACAUGUUUCUGAAUAACCCAUGCAACCAUUGGCCUGUUGGGAUGACUUUUAGUAUUGGAUUGUAUACCUGAGUAACACUGAGGCUCAGCCUCUGUAGCCUCUUUCCAGGCCUGGUAGAAUCCUAUAGAGGAAGCUUUUGGUAUAUUCGAUGCCAUCUGCCUGAAGUCAUCUAGCUUGGUCCUUCAUCCAGCAGCUGGGUUUGAAGAAGGAAGGAAAACUCUGGUUGCCUGAGCCUGUGAUGACUGAAAAUCUAGGCUGUUUUUGAGUGACAUUGUUCCUUAUUAAGGAAAUUGCUUAACUUCUCCCAUCAUAGUGUUUUGAAGAUGGAUACAUUGCUGGCUGCCUGAUUUGGUAUGCAUGCAUUUAUUCAAGGAAGGUCCUCUGAGCACCAACUCUAUGCCAGGAGUAUGGUGCUAGGCCUGCACAAAACGGGGGACUUGUGAGCAAUUUGUGAGCAAGUGUUCUGAAUUAAGGGCUCUGAAUUUAGGUCCUGGGGACCUUACUGAUGGGACUGAGGGAUGGCGAGGGCAGAAAGAGUGGGACCUGGCUGGUUGAGGCUCUCAACAUCCUGGAGGCACUUCUGACUGGCUGUCUUUUCACUCCGGUACCCCCAGGAUCUUUGGCUUUCCUGUGCACUACACAGACGUGUCCAACAUGGGACGCGGUGCCCGCCAGAAGCUGCUGGGAAGGUCCUGGAGCGUGCCUGUCAUCCGACACCUCUUCGCCCCUCUGAAGGACUACUUUGCAUGUGAAUAGUUCCAGCCAGGCCCCAAGCCCAGUGGGGUGUGUGGCAGAGCCAGGACCCAGGAGGUGUGAUUCCUGAAGGCAUCCCCAGGCCCUGCUCUUCCUCAGCUGUGUGGGUCAUACCGUGUACCUCAGUUCCCUCCUGCUCAGUGGGGGCAGAGCCACCUGACUCUCUUGCAGGGGGAGCCUGAGGUGCCGCCUCCUUGUGCACAAUUCAGACCUGGCUGCUUGGAGCAGCCUAACACGGUGCUCAUUUUUUCUUCUCCUAAAACUUUAAAACUUGAAGUAGGUAGCAACGUGGCUUUUUUUUUUUUCCCUUCCUGGGUCUACCACUCAGAGAAACAAUGGCUAAGAUACCAAAACCACAGUGCCGACAGCUCUCCAAUACUCAGGUUAAUGCUGAAAAAUCAUCCAAGACAGUUAUUGCAAGAGUUUAACUUUUGAAAACUGGCUGCUGCUCUGUGUUUGCAGAUGUGUGCAGUUGUAGGCAUGUAGCUACAGGACAUUUUUAAGGGCCCAGGAUCGUUUCUUCCCAGGGCAAACAGAAGAGGAAAUGUUGUAUAUGUCUUUUACCCGGCGCAUUCCCCCUUGCCUAAAUACAAGGGCUGGAGUCUGCACGGGACCUAUUAGAGUAUUUUCCACAACGAUGAUGAUUUCAGCAGGGAUGAUGUCAUCAUCACAUUCAGGGCUAUUUUUUCCCCCAUAAACCCAAGGGCAGGGGCCACUCUUAGCUAAAUCCCUCCCAGUGACUGCAAUAGAACCCCCUGGGGAGCUCAGGAAGGGGUGUGCUGAGUUCUAUAAUAUAAGCUGCCAUAUAUUUUGUAGACAAGUAUGGCUCCUCAUCUCCCUCUUCCCUAGGAGAGGAGUGUGAAGGAAGGAGCUUAGAUAAGACACCCCCUCAAACCCAUUCCCUCUCCAAGAGACCUACCCUCCACAGGCACAGGUCCCCAGAUGAGAAGUCUGCUACCCUCAUUUCUCAUCUUUUUACUAAACUCAGAAGCAGUGACAGCAGUCAGGGACAGACGUACAUUUCUCAUACCUUCCCCUCAUCUAAGAGAUGACAGGGAAAACUGCAAAGCUCGGUGCUCCCUUUGGAGAUUUUAAAAUCCUUUUUUAUUCCAUGAGAAGUCAUUUUUAGGGAGAACGGGAGUUCAGACAAGCUGCAUUUCAGAAAUGCUGUCAUAAUGGUUUUUAACACCUUUUACUCUUCUUACUGGUGCUAUUUUGUAGAAUAAGGAACAAUGUUGACAAGUUUUUUGGGGCUUUUUAUACACUUUUUUUAAAAUCUCAAACUUCUAUUUUUAUGUUUAACGUUUUCAUUAAGAUUUUUUUGUAACUGGAGCCACGACGUAACAAAUAUGGGGAAAAAACUGUGCCUUGUUUCAACAGUUUUUGCAAAUUUUUAGGCUGAAAGAUGACGGACGCCUAGAGUUUACCUUAUGUUUAAUUAAAAUCAGUAUUUGUCUA